AGAGUCGUUUCACUAAAUUGCGCCGCCAUGAAUAACCGCCGUGGAGUAACAACCGCCGUAUCGAAACGGCGUCCGGUGAUUCACGUGUUACCAGACGAGACAGCGAUACGAGUAGUCUGCCACGCGUCAGUAAUCGGCGGUAUAAUCGGUUCAAAUGGUUACGUUGUUUCCAAACUCCGUCGUGAAACCGGUACAAAAAUCCAUUGCGAGUCUCCGGUUAACGGCUCCGAUCACUGGGUUGUCUUCAUCGUUGGUUCAACCGCUGUUAACAAAAGUGUUCUAUUGACUGAUAGAGUCGGAGAUUUCUCCGGCGGUGAACACGAAGAUUGGGUGACUUGUGAAGUUUCCGCUGCUCAGACGGCGUUGAUUAGGGUUUUGGAGAGAUCAUGGGUUGUUUUAGCGGCGAAGGAUGGCGGCGGAGUUGUUGAUGGUGAGGAUGAAGAAGCUUAUUGUGGGAUUUUGGCUGAUCGGAAUCAGAUUGGUGCUGUUUUGGGUUUGGGUGGGAAGAAUGUGGAGUGGAUGCGGAGAAGUUCUGGUGCCAUGAUUAGGGUUUUGCCUCCUCCGAUUUGCGGCACUAACACUGAUGAACUCAUUCAGAUUACUGGUGAUGUCUUGGCUGUGAAGAAGGCACUAGUUAUGGUAUCGACUUGUAUUCAAGAUAAUCCACCUGUCAACGGGUAUCCACAGCCGCUUUGCAUCAAAGCUUACGAGUCAUCUACUGAUGGGAACUCAGAGGAUCCACAUUCUGAGUUUUUCCCAAACCUGCGUUCUUCGGUGCCUAAUGCUUCAGAUUCUGCUACGUCGAAUAGACAUUUACCAGCGGUGUAUGAUGAAGGAAAUGGUACAGAACGAAAAGUUGUGUUCAAGAUAAUCUUCACGUGUGUUGUAGCUGGAGGCAUUAUUGGGAAACAAGGAACUAUUAUCAGAGCUCUGCAGAAUGAAACAGGUGCUUCUAUUUCGAUUGGAGCUCCAUUGAAAGUAUCCGGUGAGCGAGUUGUUACUAUUUCUGCACGUGAGAACCUCGAGUCACGGUACUCUCAUGCACAAAAUGCUCUGGCUCUUGUCUUUGCAAGAUCUGUUGAGAUUGAUGUUGAGAAAGGUCUGCGUCCGGGAUUGCACAAUGGUGCUGUAGUGAAAACCAAGUUGUUGGUACCAUCGCAAUUCGCUAACAGCUUAAUGGGAAACGGAAACAGAGAAGCAAUCAUAGCAACUGGUGCUGAUGUACACAUUCCAGUAGGCAACCAGAUUUUAGAGUGGAUCUCAGAAAAUGAAGUGGUGAUUGAGAUUAAGGGAGAGUAUAGUCAUGUACAGAAGGCCUUGACUCAUGUUUCAUCUAAAUUACGGGAAAAUCUAUUGCCAAAGAAGGUCCUCGGAGAAAUGAGAGCUAGAGUUAGUAAUCCAUAUGAAAGUGCAGGAACAAGCCAGAUUUAUAAUCUGCAACAAUCAAAACAAAACGCAGGCAGAGGUGAUUCUCUCUCGGUAUCAGAUGGUGAACAAAACUCGAAGAUGGUCAGAAGCGGUGCAGAAGUAAUGAAAUCGAAUUCUGUAAUGCACACCGAGGUCCUUAAAGAGGUGGAUGAACUCAAAGGCCUUACACUUCCACAAAGUUUGCUGGAGGAUGACUUGACACAGGGAAUGAAACAGCUUCAGAUGUCUAGGAAUGGAGACGUCUCUUCUUUACCACAACGAAGUAAAGGUGUAUAUGUGAGAAAAAUCACCUUGGAGUUAACCGUCGAGAAAGAUGCUCUUGGUUCACUCUAUGGCAGAGAUGGCACCGGUGUGGAUAAUCUACGACAGAUUUCAGGAGCCAGAGUGGAUGUGAAGGAUCCUACAGGAAUUGAAGCGACGGUCUUAAUAAUCUCCGGGAAUCCUGAGCAAACCCGCACAGCGAUGUCUUUGAUCGAAAAUCGUUUCGAUUUCAUAAUGGAAGAUGUUCAGAUCGACGCUACAGUUCCGGUGGAUCCAAAUGUCACGUCACUUUGUUCACCGGAGAUACCUAAUUUCGAUUUCGUUAGUGAUGAAACAGAGAAAUUAGAGAUCGGAGAUACUUCCAUUGAUGACUGUGAUGAUUCUUUGGGCGAUUCCAUGGUGUGCGAUCCGAAUUCAAGACUGGUUCCCACUGGCUUCACAAGACCUAAUCGCACAGAUGAGACAAUUAUGUUCAUAAAUGCUGGAGGAGAUGAUUCAAAGGUAUUAGAUUCUGAAUUGAAUAUCCUCAGAGAUAACUAUUUCGAAGGAGGAGAUGUGCUUAGAACAGAAGAGUCUAUAGUUGAAGCUGGAGACUUUCCGUUCAUUUAUCAGUCAGCACGUGUUGGGAACUUUUGUUACCGGUUAAACAAUCUUCUUCCUGGAGAGUACUUGAUCGAUUUCCAUUUCGCGGAGAUUAUUAAUACCAAUGGACCUAAAGGGAUAAGGGUUUUCAAUGUCUAUGUUCAAGAUGAGAAGGUGUUAGCUGAGUUUGAUAUCUUCUCGGUUGUUGGCGCAAAUAGGCCACUUCUGUUGGUUGACUUAAGGGUCAUGGUAAUGGAUGAUGGAUUGAUUAGGGUAAGGUUUGAAGGAAUAAAUGGAAGUCCAGUGGUUUGUGGGAUUUGUCUGAGGAAAGCGCCACAGGUUUCAGUUCCAAGGACAUCACAAGAUUAUAUUAAGUGUGAGAAUUGUGCUACCGAAAUAGAAAUUUCUCCUACUCGGAAGAGACUUAUGCGAGCCAAAGCUCAUGACAAGUAUGAGAAGAAGAUAGCAGAGCUUUCUGAACGAUACGAACAUAAGACAAAUGAGUGCCAUGAAGCAUGGAUGUCACUGACCUCUGCCAAUGAGCAACUAGAGAAAGUGUUGAUGGAACUCGACAAUAAGAUGUAUGAGGCACGCUCUCUAGACCAAACUGUGGUAACACAAGCUGAUUGUUUGAAGAGUAUCACUAGCAAGUAUGAGAAUGAAAAGAGACAUUGGGCCAAAGCAAUUGUUACUCUGCAUGAGAAAAUUCAGAUAAUGAAAAGGGAACAAUCUCAGCUAUCACAGGAAGCACAUGAAUGCGUGGAAGGGAUCCCGGAAUUGUAUAAAAUGGUUGAUGGAGUUCAGGCACUAGUUUCACAGUGCGAGGAUCUCAAGCAGAAGUACAGUGAAGAGCAAGCAAAGCGAAAGGAGCUGUACAACCAUAUACAAGAGACUAAAGGCAAUAUUAGGGUCUUUUGUCGCUGCCGCCCUUUGAAUAAGGAGGAGACAUCAACUAAGUCUGCCACAAUUGUUGACUUUGAUGGAGCAAAAGAUGGAGAGCUUGGUGUUAUUACAGGAAAUAAUUCCAAGAAAAGUUUCAAGUUUGACAGAGUUUAUACACCGAAAGAUGGUCAAGUUGAUGUCUUUGCCGAUGCUUCUCCUAUGGUUGUUUCAGUCCUAGACGGCUACAAUGUUUGUAUUUUUGCCUACGGACAAACAGGAACAGGAAAGACGUUUACAAUGGAAGGUACUCCACAGAACAGGGGUGUCAACUAUAGAACUGUCGAGCAAUUAUUUGAAGUUGCUAGAGAAAGGAGAGAGACAAUUUCAUAUAACAUAUCUGUUAGUGUCCUUGAGGUUUACAAUGAACAGAUAAGAGACUUGUUGGCAACAUCACCUGGGUCAAAGAAGUUGGAGAUAAAACAAUCCUCUGAUGGGUCUCAUCAUGUUCCUGGAUUAGUAGAAGCAAAAGUGGACAAUAUAAAUGAAGUGUGGAAUGUGCUUCAGGCUGGGAGCAAUGCAAGAUCAGUUGGAUCCAAUAAUGUGAAUGAGCAUAGCAGCCGCUCUCACUGCAUGCUCUCUAUAAUGGUAAAAGCAAAGAACCUGAUGAAUGGUGAUUGCACAAAAAGCACUCUUUGGCUUGUAGAUUUAGCCGGAAGUGAGAGGUUGGCAAAGACUGACGUGCAAGGUGAGCGUCUGAAGGAAGCACAGAACAUCAACAGGUCACUCUCAGCUCUCGGGGAUGUGAUUUAUGCUUUGGCAACAAAGAGUAGUCAUAUUCCAUACAGGAACUCAAAAUUAACACAUUUGCUUCAAGAUUCACUGGGAGGUGACUCAAAGACUCUGAUGUUUGUGCAAAUCAGUCCCUCUGAGCAUGAUGUAAGUGAGACUCUAAGUUCACUUAGCUUUGCAACUCGUGUAAGAGGGGUUGAAUUGGGUCCUGCGAGGAAGCAAGUUGAUACCGGUGAGAUCCAGAAGUUGAAAGCAAUGGUGGAGAAAGCAAGGCAAGAUAGCCGAUCUAAAGAUGAAUCCAUAAAGAAACUGGAGGAUAACAUACAGAAUCUGGAAGGUAAGAACAAAGGAAGAGACAACUCAUACAGAAGUCUCCAGGAAAAGAACAAAGACCUUGAAAACCAACUUGAUUCACUCCACAACCAAUCAGAAAAACAAUAUGCACAGCUUCAAGAAAGACUAAAGAGCAGAGAUGAGAUUUGUAGCAAUCUCCAACAAAAGAUCAAGGAGCUAGAGUGCAAGCUACGGGAGAGACACCAAUCAGAUUCUGCAACUUACCACCAGAAGGUUAAGGAUCUUGAGAAUAACUUGAAAGAAUCCGAAGGAAACUCCCUUGUGUGGCAACAGAAGGUUAAGGAUUAUGAGAAUAAGUUGAAAGAGUCUGAAGGAAACUCUCUUGUGUGGCAACAGAAGAUUAAAGAGUUGGAGACAAAACACAAAGACGAGCAAAGCCAAGAAGCAGUGUUACUACGACAGAAGAUUAAAGAACUUGAGAUGAGGCUAAAGGAGCAAGAGAAACAUAUACAACAAAUGGCAACAACUAGAGAAUUCCCUGAUGUUGCAAACGCUACUCCUAACGAAGUGAAAACUUGCUUCAAAGAAGAUAACUUUGGCAAUGAGAAUAUGGAAUCCAACAACAACAUCCUGAGAACAUCAAACCGUCUCAAGACUAAAAGACACGAUUCAUUAAAUCUCAAUGAGAUGACUAGAAAGAAGAGAGCCUCGAGAAGCGGCGAAACAGAGAACAAUGGUGAUGAUCCUCAAAUGAAGGAGAAACGGAUCAGGAAAUCAGACCCACCAAAAGUUUUCUCGAGAGUAGUCAGACCAACAAGACCAGCUUCUGGUUCAUCAAGCCAAGUCCCUGUGGCUCAUAAGAGAAUUAUUAAAAGGGAACAACAAGAAGUUCUGGUCGGGAAAGAGAGAGACUCCAAGAAGAAGAUUUGGUCAAGAUAAAUAAUAUAACUAAAUAGCAUAGAGAAACUCUUAAUCUCUUGUGUUUCUCUAUAUGAUUUUCUCUGUAUGAAAUUGAAUAUUAAUCCUUUCUUACACUUUUCAAAGCCAUGAUCACAUUAUUAUUUCAAUCUUCAUAUAUAAACAUUAAUACAUUAAUUUAGUCUUA